AUGGAAGAUGACAUUAAAUCAUUUAUAGGUUUCACAGAAAGAAGUGGAUUUGAUGAAAAACAAGUAAUUCAAAAUGAUUUCUUUCCUUCUGAGUUUCAAAAGAAUAGUUUGAUUAAAUUAUGUUGUUAUUAUGGUUCUGUAAACUGCUUUAAGUUUUUGAUCACUAAAUUUAAACCAAAAAUCACAACAACAUGUCUUAGAUAUUCAUUUUUAGGAGGAAAUCAAGAAAUAGUAAUGGAAUGUCUUAAAUAUAAAACACCAGAUAAGUUUAGCAUGAAUUAUGCAAUUGUUUCACACAACAAUGACUUUGUCAGUUUUUUGCUCACACAAUACGACAUACCAUGUUAUACAUAUCUUUGUCACUUAUACAAUAAUAUUGAUGCAGCCUUGAUAUAUUAUGAUAUUAAAAGAAUUUUCAAAGAAAAUUUGACUUGGAUUUGCAAAUUUAAAAUACCAUCUCUUUGCAAAUAUUUCAUUUUGCAUGGCGCAGAUAUUUAUCUUGAAGAUUAUAAAGACAAUCCAGCAACUUAUUAUAUAGUAGAGUAUGGAUGGAAAGAAAUAUUAGAACUUCUUAUUUCACGUGGAUUAGAUAUCAAUAAAGCAAAAUCUCUUUUUGUUGCUGCAGAAUUUAAUUGGAAAGAAAUAGUUGAAAUUCUCCUAGCAAACGGUGCGGAUGUAAAUUCAAAUGAUUAUUAUUAUAAUAAGACACCCCUUCUUAUUGCUGUACAGUAUAAUUCUAAGAAAGUGAUUGAUAUUCUUUAUUCACAUGGUGCUGAUAUCAAUGUAUAUGAUAGUCAAGGAAGAGGUGUUCUUUAUUAUGUAGCAAGAACUAAUAAUGUUGAGAAAGCAGAAUUCUUCAUGUCACAUGGCCUAGAUCUAAAUAAAGAUACUUCAAAUUUGACCGAGCAUCUUAAUGGUGCAGUGAAAUACAAUAACAGAGAAAUGGUGGAAUUUCUUAUUUCACGCGGUGCAAAUGUAAAUCCUGCAGAUAGAGAGAAUGAAGGACCUCUUCAUUAUGCAAUAGAGGAUGACAACGCCAGCAUCGCAGAACUUCUUAUUUCCCAUGGAACUGAUUUAAAUGCAAAUUUUUGUUGCAGCAGAACAUAUCACAAAAAUCAAUUUAAAUCAGCGUGCAAAAAAGCCUAUGAAGUUACAAAACUUCUUAUUUCACACGGUUCUGACAUUCAUAAAAUCAAUUAUUAUAGUGGAACCCUUCUUCACACUGCUGCAAGAAAUGGUGACGAAAAAUUGCUGAAUAUCUUAUUUCUCUUGGAUUAG